AUGAGUUGUGUACAAUCAGUGAACUAUCAAGUCCUCAUUAAUGGAGAACCGUACGGCCACAUUAUUCCGACAAGAGGACUGAGACAGGGAGAUCCAAUCUCGCCGUACCUGUUUGUAAUAUGCACAGAAAUGUUGGUGAAGAUGAUGUGCGAUGCAGAAGAGAAAGGACUCAUCACUGGAUUAAAAGUUGCGAGAGGAUCACCUGCGGUCUCUCACCUCUUAUUUGCUGACGAUAGUAUGUUCUAUUGUAAGCAGGAGGAUGACGAGCUAAACCAGAUAGUGCGUAUUAUUGAGGAGUACAGUUUAGCAUCGGGCCAAAGAGUGAACUAUCAGAAGUCCAGCGUAUACUUUGGGAAACAGAUCCCAACGCAGAGACGAGAGGAGAUAAAGAGGAAGCUUGGAAUCCAGCAAACAGGAGGAGAUGGUAAAUACUUAGGGCUUCCAGAGUCUUUUGGGGGUUCAAAAGUAUCGAUACUAGGUUAUCUCCAGGAGAAGAUCAAUAAAAGAGCCAAUGGAUGGGAAUCAAAAUUCCUCUCGGCAGGAGGGAAAGAAGUGAUGUUGAAAUCAGUUCUCGCAGCCUUACCUACGUAUACGAUGGCGUGUUUCCAGCUCCCUAAAGAGACCUGUAAGAAAAUCGUUGCAACAAUGGCUGAGUUCUGGUGGAAAAAUAAUAAAGAAGCGAGAGGAAUGCAUUGGCAAUCAUGGGACAAGCUUACAAAACGUAAGGAGGAAGGGGGUCUAGGCUUUAAAGACCUAGAGAAUUUCAAUCUUGCUCUACUGGGCAAGCAACUGUGGAGAAUGAUCACAAAGGAGGAUUCCCUUAUGACACGAGUGUUUAAAGGAAGAUACUUCCUCAAAUCAGAUCCUUUGAAGGCGAAACUUGGUUCCCGACCUUCCUACGCUUGGAGGAGCAUCCAUGCGGCUCAGGAGUUGAUGCAGUAUGGAAUACGAAGAACUGUGGGAGAUGGAAGCCAAAUACAAGUCUGGAAGGAUCAGUGGAUGAAUCGGAAACCAGCGAGAGCACCUGCAGCAAUGAACAGAAUUGAAAACCCCACCUUAUACAACUUUCCACUUGAGAUGAGACUAAAGGAUUUAUUGUUGGAAGGUGGAACGGAUUGGAACACGGAACUAAUAGAAGCAAUGUUCCCACACGAAGAGGCUCAAUUGAUGAAAGAAAUCAGACCGGGAGGUGAGGGAACAAAGGAUGGCUACACUUGGGACUUUACAAGAACAGGGCAAUAUUCUGUAAAGUCAGGCUAUUGGUGUGCAGAGAAGAUACAAAAAGAAAAGCAAGGAACCAAGGAAGUAGACCAACCAAGCUUAGAUGCUUUAUUCCAAUUGGGGUGGAAAACAGAAACAAGCCCAAAGGUGCAACACUUUCUGUGGAGAUGUUUGAAGAAUAUCAUUCCGGUGGCAGGAAACCUAAAAGAUAGACAUAUCUCCAGGGAGGGCAAAUGCGAGAGAUGCCAUAUUGGCAAUGAAACAGUAAACCAUCUCCUCUUUACAUGUCCGUAUGCCAGAUUACUAUGGGCAUCAUCACCGAUCCCUGCUCCCCCACAAGGUGAAUGGUCAAGUUCGCCAUACACCAACCUAUACGAAGCCUUCACCUUGUCUUGGGCCAAACAAGAGCAAGCAAAGCUCCAGAAACUUGUACCCUGGAUUCUAUGGAGACUAUGGAAGAACAGAAAUGCCUUUGUAUUUCAGGGGAAGGACUACUCGGUACAAGAAACUCUCCAAAGAGUACAAGAGGAUGCAGAGGAAUGGGCAAGAAGUAGAGAGGAGGAAAAUAAAGGACAGCAGCAACCUCGAACAAGCACACCAAGGGAUAAAUGGAAAAGGCCAAAGGAAGGAUGGAUUAAAUGUAACUCUGAUGGAGCAUGGCCGAAAGAAGGGGCAAAGUGUGGUUUGGGAUGGGUUAUGCGCAACCAAGAGGGCAAAGUGAUGUGGAUAGGAGCAAAAGCAAUCCCGAAAACGAGAACCGUGAUAGAGGCUGAGUUGGAAGCAUUGAGAUGGGCCAUGAGGUUCUUGAGGAGAUUCAACUAUCGAAAAAUAGUCUUUGAAUCUGACUCUAAGGAGCUGAUCAAUAUGAUAAACGAAGCAGAGGAAUGGCCAAUGCUACAGCCGGGUCUAAACGAAAUUCGACAUUUGGUAACUCAUUUUGACGAGGUUGCUUUUGCUUUUCAAUCAAGAGAAGGAAAUGGGGUGGCAGACAGAGUGGCGAAGGAGGCUCUUUCUUUUAUGAUCGAUGCACCUAAGAUAUACUCUAUUGUGCCAGAUUGGGUUAAAAGCCAAAUAGAUGUGGACAAUCAAUUGUACUCGUUAUAA